AUGAACAGCCGAGUGUGUUGGAUUGGGAGCGCCAGUUCGUCUAGUGCAGUCGCACCUCCGUCAGAGAUCAUCGAGUUCAAGUGCGCCUUUCCGGAUGACUAUCUGUACGCCGUUCCCGGAACUCUGUGUCGCUCCUACUACAAGUGCCAAGGUGGCCACGGGACGCAGUAUCACUGUCCCAAUUCCACGGUAUUCAAUUUCUUCAAGCAAACUUGUUCGAGCUCAUCAGGAGUCUGCUAUGAGGCUGUUUGCAGAGGACGCAAGGAUGGACACUAUCCGGACACCACUCACGCUUGUCGUCGGGCUUUUAUUUGUCGCGGAGGAUCACUUGUUGGCCUCUUCAACUGCCCCAGCGGACAUCUUUUCGGCGUCUCGUCCUGCGCCAAUGAAGCCUCAGUCACGUGCGAGUCUCCUGAGUCCACGUCUAUUGCUUAUCCCUACGCUGGUGACCAGAGAUGCAGAGACCUUCCAGAUGGCUUCAAUCCCGUUCUCACGGACUGCUGUCGCUUCCUGCUGUGCACCAAUGGAGAGGUGACUGAGGAGAAGAUAUGCCCUAAUGGCCAGAGAUUCGAUGCCACAGCGAAGAACUGCGCGUCGGCCGAUCAGGUGCCCUGCUUAGUGUACAAUCCGUGUCACGGGAAGCCUACAGGACUUUACCCAGAUGCAUCAUCCUCAAAUUGCCGGGAGUAUGUAAAGUGUAGCGAGAAUGCAGUCAUGGCGCGACUUAAUUGUGGAAAUCAGGGCAUUUUCAAUGGGAAACAAUGCGUUCCAGUGGGUUUGUACGAGUGUCCACAACAACGUCCCCAGAAUCAGCAAGAAGCUUACAACAUCUGUCGCACAAAGUCCAACGGAUUCCACUUGGAUCUGCGAAGAGGAUGUAGCUUUUACGUUAAGUGUACCUCGGGUAGAGUUAUCAGCACGUAUGAAUGUCCUUCGGGAAGCUUCUUCGAUAGCGAAUUGCGAAGCUGCGUUCCGGACAAUAAUCAGCAAUGCGAGAAUCCUGCACCCUCUCGGGACUGUGAGUUCUCCAUAGGAUCCUUCAAGGACAAGGAGGAUAACACUGACUGCACUCGCUACUACUAUUGCUACAAUGGUCUGAAGACACGACUCAAGUGUCCUGCAGGGAAAGUGUUCGACGGUGAGGAUUGCGUUCCGAAGUCUGUCUAUCAGUGUCCCAUGACUGAUGGUAAUUUCUGCGGAGGGAAAUCAGAUGGAUACUACAAGGAUCCGUCUGGAGGAUGUCGUUCCUACUUCAGCUGUGUUCACGGUAGAAAAUUCACCUAUCUCUGUGCCGAAGGGCAAUUCUUCAAUGGCUCUCGGUGCACAGAUCGCUAUCCUGGCGAACCUUGUGAUCGCGAAGAAUGUGUGGACAAGCCUGAUGGCUACUAUCCUGACCAGACAAGUGAGUGCCAUCGCUAUUUCUACUGCCUCCGCGGCGAGAAAAUCACCACUCUGACUUGCCGCGGGGGAAAGAUCUUCAAUGGACAGGGAUGCGUGGAGCCAGGAAUGUUCUCCUGUCAGACACUCACGCCCAAGUGCAUGGAGAAAUCCUGUGAAGUGGAAAAGUGCCACAAGGAUGGCUUUUUCAUGGAUAUUUCGUCGGGAUGCCGCAACUACUUCUUCUGCAUUGGUGGGAAAAAGAACGUCCAGUCCUGUUCAGAUGGACAUCUCUUCAAUGGCGAACUUUGUGUGCCCCAGAAAACCUUCCACUGCCCGAGCUUUUGUCAACCACAAAAGCAAUGCUCUUAGUUAAUAUUUUCCACUAUAUUUUGCUGUAUUUGUCAAAAGAUCACGCGUAAUUUAUCCGUAAGGCUUAAAUCAAAACCGAUCUCAUUCACUCCUCCCUAUCCCCUGAAUCCUCGCCCCUUUUUAAUGCGAAUGCAAUGAUGUUUUUGACAAUAUAUUUAGAGUUUAGAGUAACUUGUCCAUUUCUAGAACAUAAGAUUUGUGUGUAUUCUAUAGAGAAUUCCAAACAGUGGAAUUGAAGGCCAGUACCUUUAGUUUUAAGGUGAUUUUCAGUACGAUUUGUCUUAAAUCCCUCAUUAAUUACCUCAUUAUCAAUUUAAGGAAUGCUAAUAGUGAAUGUAUAUUAUGAAGACAUUCCUGAAAUUCCAGCAUUUUCCUAAGAUAAGUUUCUUUUUAUUUAAAAGCCAUUUUUGUAAUCAUUAUUCCUGGAUAAUAAUAAAAUUA